AUGAAUUUAUACGGCACCAUCUCUCCUGUACUCGAAAAUCUCUCCUCUCUUCGAUCGAUCGAUCUCUCCUACAAUGCCCUCACUGCUACCAUUCCACCUCAGCUCAGUCAGCUGCCUCGUCUGCAGAUACUGCAGCUUAGCCACAAUCAAUUACAAGGAACCAUUCCUACCGCUCUCUCUGCUUGCCGAAGUUUGUUUCGCUUUUCUCUCUCCUAUAACCAACUGCAUGGUAGCUUUCCGCCCUCUCUAUCUGAAUGCCGUAGCUUGUAUGACCUAAGACUCUCCUAUAACCAACUGCAUUGCAGCAUUCCGCCCGAGCUGAGUCACCUUACAAGUUUGAAGAUCCUUCAUUUGGGAGGAAACAAUCUCACAGGCACCAUUCCCUCUGAAUUGGGCAUGCUCAUUCAACUCCAAUCUCUCUACAUUCAUACUAAUAACUUAGAAGGAACCAUUCCCAAAUCUUUAGGAAAUCUGUCUGGUUUGACCAAUUUACAAUUGGGAAAGAACAGUCUUCAUGGUCACAUCCCCUCUGAAUUGGGCAUGCUCACUCAACUCCAGGUUCUAUCUUUAGGAAAUCUGUCUGGUUUGACUGAUUUACAAUUGGGAAAGAACAGUCUUCAUGGUCACAUUCCCCCUGAAUUGGGCAUGCUCACUCAACUCCAGGUUCUCUCCCUUUAUUCAAAUAACUUAGAAGGAACCAUUCCCAGGUCUUUAGGAAAUCUGUCUGGUUUGACUGAUUUACUAUUGGGAAAGAACAGUCUUCAUGGUCACAUUCCCCCUGAAUUGGGCAUGCUCACUCAACUCCAGGUUCUCUCCCUUUAUUCAAAUAACUUAGAAGGAACCAUUCCCAAGUCUUUAGGAAAUCUGUCUGGUUUGACUGAUUUACUAUUGGGAAAGAACAGUCUUCAUGGUCACAUUCCCCCUGAAUUGGGCAUGCUCACUCAACUCUAG